AUGAAGGACAUCAUUCCUACUAGGGAUAAACUUUCUAGGUACAAGCCUGAGAUAGAUGUGCAUUGUAGUCUAUGUAAUUAUCCUGCUGAAACUAUUGAUCACCUAUUCUUGAAGUGUCCUUAUGCUAGAUCAAUUUGGUUAGCUGUUAAUAUAAAUGUUGGUACCAUUUUAACUCACCACGGUUCUUUCAGAAAUUGGGUUAUCUCUUGGUUUUCUGCAGGUACCAAUAUUACUUUUGGCUCAAAUAUCACUAGGCAGGAUAUAAACAACUUGCUUAUGGUUGCAGCUUGGACAAUCUGGAAGGAUAGAUGUUCUAAGGUUUUUCAGAACAUCAAUCCUAACAGACUCAUGUCAUUGGAUAACAUAAAUAAUCUCUCUAAUUCUAAUGUUCAGCAAGUUACCAAUGUUAUUCGACCACUGCAGGAUAUUAAAUGGGUUCCUCCAGAUAAUGAUUGCUUAAAAUUUAACAUUGAUGCUUCUUUUAAAAAGGAAACUUUGCAAGGUGGUGUGGGUCUAAUUGUGAGGGAUUUUGUAGGUACCUGCAUUGGUGUCAAAGGCAUCUACAUUGAUGGAGGAAUGAAAGAUGGCAUUGAAGUGGAAGAGCUGGAAUGUAAAGCUCUAAAAGACGCUGUUAAUCUUGCAGUCAAGAUGAAGCUAAAGAAGGUUAUUUUUGAGUCUGAUGGUGAAACUUUAAUAAAAUCAAUCAAUGAGCCUGAUUCUUAUGUUCAUUGGAUGAAUCAAACAUUAAUUCUUGAUAUUAAGUUUUUGUUAAGUUCAUUAGAGUAUUGGAGAUGUGUUUCAGUUAGGAGGAAAGCAAAUUGUAAUGCUGAUAAGUUAGCAAAGAGAGCUAGAGUCAUGAGAGCAAGUUUUAGUCAUGGGUCUGAUCUUCCACAUGAAAUACAAGUCUGGAUUGAUCAAAGACUUUUUUAUAAUGAACUAAUUCUCAUCAAUAGAAUGUUUUUGCAUCAAAAAAAGAAAAAAAUUACCCAAAAUUAG